AUGACUGAAAUUGAACUCUCCCAGCGAGAUGCCCGGGAGGAGUCCCCGCUUACCUCUAACGGAGAGGGGUCUUCUGCGCCCGUGAAGGCAGCGCAGGCUCCGAAGGCCGGCAGAAAGCUGCCAGAAUGGCUUGAUCACUUCAAUACCCGCGAUAUUAAGGCUAUUAUCGCCAUAAAGGCUGCGAUAUCAGCGAGACCAGCGGCCGAGACCCAGGCCAAGCUUCAAGCCCUAGGACAGGCCGCAUACAGCCAGGCCAAUUCCACCGGACAGGCCGUGGCAGAUGUCUAG